AUGCCAGUCAAUAAACAGGCAAAAAGAAGACUAAAGCAAAUUGGCGCUACUUUAGAUCCCUCUAAAGUAGGCUGGUCCGACUCUGAAGAUGACGACUUGACUCAUGAAGUGUCUGUUAAAUCUAUUCGUAUUGGAGACGUUGUCAUGCAAGUCAUUCCUGCUAAAAAUCCAGAAUUAGUACCUGAAGUUCAAGGGCCCUUUUAUGAAGGUGCACAGGAUAUAUUAAGACAUUUAAGAUGGAUAAUGCAAAAAGAUAAACUUGGACAAGAUAUAUUUUUGUUGGGUCCUCCUGGUCCUUUACGUCGUAACCUUGUAAUGAAAUAUGCUGAAAUGACACAACGAGAAAUUGAAUAUGUUGCCUUAUCUAAAGAUGUGACAGAUGCCGAUUUAAAACAAAGAAGAGAAUUGCAAAACAGUACAUCAUUUUAUGUCGAUCAAGCUGCUGUCAGAGCUGCUAUUCAUGGUCGUAUUCUUGUUUUAGAUGGUAUUGAAAAAGCAGAACGUAACGUACUUCCUAUCUUGAACAAUUUGUUGGAGAAUCGUGAAAUGUCACUUGAUGACGGUCGCUUCUUGACGACAAAAGACACCACUGAUACAGCAGAAAAAAAAUUUGAAAAAGUAAGUCCACGCUUCUUGGUAUUUGCACUUGGUAAGAUUGUUGUCUUCUUGUUCGAUGCAGCUUAUCAUUCUAAAUUAGGCUUACCUGUACCACCUUAUGUUGGUUAUCCACUUGACCCUCCUUUACGGUCCCGUUUUCAAAGUAGAGAUGUCAAAGCGCCUGAUUUUAAAUCGCAAGUAGAUCAAAUGCUAGCCUUGAUCAGCAACAAAAAAGUGUCUCGCGACUUGAUUGAGAGAUUGAUUUCGAUUAGUUUAGUGCUGGGUGUUCAAAAUGAUAAGAAUCGCAACCGAGAAAUAGAAGUGCCUGAAUUUCCAAUGACCAUUGAAAGCUUAGCUCCUUUAUUGUCAUUGAUGCCCAAUAUUCAUCCUCGGUUCUUGGUAGAUAUUUUAUAUCCUUAUCCUCUCUUGCCUACGUGUGAUUUAGAGCAAUUAAGUGUGAUUGAAGCUGCAUUUAGACGAUUUGGUGUCAAAUCAGCUGUUGUAGAAGCGCAUAUGGAGGCACGUCAAACAAGCUCUGGCUAUACAAUUGCUAAUAUUGACCCCAUUAAGGCUGAUAUUACUGUGGAUGGAUACCAUCAUACACACAAGGCUAUUGCUUCAUUCACUUCAGAGAAAUUUGGCGCUCUUGGUUUGCCCCUUUAUUGUGGACCUGCUCCUUUUAGUCCUGCAGAAUAUUUCAUUGAAACGCCCUAUCAUCGUGACAUCUUCUCUGCCAUGGUCUUGUUACACGCUGGUGGUAAAGAUAUCUGUCUUGUAGGCACACAUAAAGGUGUUGGUAAAUCAGCCCUAGUAAGACACUUUGCUCGUAAUCUUGGCUACACUAUUGAUUAUAUCCCUCUUUACCGAGACAUGUCCUCUCGUGAUUUACUACAAAGAAGAUCAACGACAGCUAAAGGCGAUACAGUAUGGGAGAACUCUUUGCUCGUCGAAGCUGCUAUUCAUGGUCAUUUGGCUGUCUUGGAUGGUAUUGAGGCACUUUCUUAUGGCACACUUAAUACACUUCAACGCCUUUGUUCUGAUCGUGAAACUCAAUUGCCUGACGGUGCACGUCUCAUUGGUAGCCAGCGUUAUGCUAAAUUGUUGCGUAAAUUGUCGCUUGAAGAGCUUGAAAGCAAACGUUUGAUUCCCAUCCAUCCUUCGUUCCGCAUCGUGGCUUUAGCAAGAGCAGGUACCAGUGGACAAACAGACACAAAGGCCGGAUCUUGGUUGUCUUCUGAAAUUCUGUCCAUGUUUCAUUUUAUUGUAGUGGAUUCUCUUCCUUCCAAUGAAGAACAAGAUGUGCUGAGUGCUUUAUCACCUGGUGUUGAUGAAGAUAAACUAAGACAGCUCUUGACGUUCUCUAGACGUCUUCGUCGUGACAAGGAUGAUACAGUUCGUAUGUUAUCUAGUGCUUUAUCUACCCGUCAAUUGAUUCGUAUUUGUCGUCGUCUUGCUUACUUUGAAAAUGAAAGCUUGUAUGUUGCUAUCCACAAAGCAGCUCUAUCUCGAUUUAUGCCUGCUGUAGCUCGUGAAGCACUUCAUGCCUUGAUGGUGGCGAAUGGUAUCUACCCACCCAAAGAAGACACAAAUGCUACUGAACUCAAGAUUGAAGUACUUCCUUCAAGAGAAGUCCCUGAACACAUUCGUAUUGGCAAUGUCAUUGAACCUGUAUUCAAAGGAGGAAAUCCUAUGCUCAUUCCCAAUGUUGUUUUCCACGAAAAUCCUGCGCAUACCGAAAUUUUGAAGGAAAUGCUUAAAGAUUAUCAAUUAGGCGAUCACUUGUUAUUGAUUGGUAAUCAAGGUGUCGGUAAAAACAAACUGGCAGAUUACUUUUUACAGUUGCUUCAGCUUCCUCGUGAAUACAUUCAGUUGCAUCGUGACAGUACAGUUCAGAGUUUGACUACCACACCCGCUAUUGUAGACGGUGUAUUGACGUUUGAAGACUCUGCACUUGUCAAGGCUGUACAUGAUGGUACUAUUUUGGUGGUGGAUGAGGCUGACAAAGCACCUACUUAUGUGACAGCUGUACUCAAGAGUCUAGUGGAAGAUGGACAAAUGGUUCUUGGUGACGGUCGUCGUAUCAUUUCAAAGGAAUCAGACAUUCAAGAUAGUGAGGAUUACAUUAUGGUGCACCCUAAUUUCCGUAUGCUUGUCUUGGCCAAUCGACCAGGUUACCCUUUCUUAGGUAAUGACUUUUAUCGUGAAAUCGGUGAUGUCUUUAGUUGCCAUGCUGUAGAUAACCCUGAUAUGCUUUCAGAAAUGUUCCUCUUGCGCAAAUAUGGUCCUAAUGUAUCUGAAGAUUUACUUCUCAAGUUGUCUAAUGCAUUCACUGAUUUGCGUAAAUUGACAGAUGAAGGAUUGAUUUCCUAUCCUUAUUCCACACGUGAAUUGGUCAAUAUUGUGCUUCAUCUUGAAAACUAUCCAGAAGAAGGUAUCUCCAAGAUCCUUCAGAAUGUCUUUGACUUUGAUCAAUACGAUCAAGCUUCCAAGGAGCUUGUAAUUGAAAUCUUUGAAAAACAUGGUAUUCCUGUAGGGCUUGAAUCUGAUUUCUCUAUGAGCUUAGGUGAUGUAAUUUCUUUGAGCAAACCUCUUUUAACAGAGCAAUGGAAACGUGUGCCUUUAGCAACAAAACAAAACGCAACCAAGGUUCAAAUAGAGCCCAUGGCUAUUCGUGGUGGCUGGGACAUUGAUGUCGGCAAGAACUGGAAGGAACUCGAACGUAAAGAAGGUCGCUCAACUGUAUUCUCUGAACAAUUAUAUACAUUCGACAUUCCUACACGUGGUGAAGCAUUGGACAUUGCUACGCUAGACGAUGGCUCUCUUUUUGUAGUUACUACCAAUCCUGUUACCUUGCACCAUGUAGAACCCAACCAUAAGCGUAUCGAUAGUCUAGACCUUUACGAGUAUUUCCCUCUUCAAAGAGCGCCUCCUCGCCUUCGUAUUUCUGUCAUUCGUACUCGUUCAGGAGCCGUUAAAUAUCUUGCUUUACACAACCCUUCUAACAAUGAACUACUUUGCUGUGAUUUUAACAAAAAGUCUGUUGCCUCUGUUGUAAUUCGUGGCCUUGAACCCGUCAAGUCUAUUAUGUGCAACAAUUUGAGUUCUCAAGGCAUCUUGGUGUUCUAUCAACAUGAUCAACCUACGAUUGCCUUACUUGACUUUAAUACUUCUCAACAAUAUACUAUUACUCUUCCUACGCGAAUUAGCCAAUUGCAUGUCGUUGACUAUGGUUUCUGGAUUGCUCGUGGUAGUCGUGAUGCCAAUAUGUAUGCCAUUAUUCCCAACAAAGACCAUGGUGUGCCUCAAGUAAUGGAAACCAUCCAAGCCUUGGGUCAAAAUGGCCAACCUGUGAGCAAUUUGGGCCAUAUUUAUCAUAAAGAGUUUGCAUCUGGAGCAAGAUUUGCUCAGGCAAGUCAAGACAACAUAUUUGCUUCUAUUCUUGAAGGCUGCUCUUUUGCUAAUUUCCAGGAUACAGGUGUGAUCAAUAUCUUGUCUUUCAUCAAGAAUAACCAGACACAAAGUGACAAUCAAGACAGAAAAGUAAAAGGUUCUACCUUCUUUUUAGAGCAUACACAACAAUUAGCUAUUAUAGAGCCACCUAGAGAUGGCCGUGCUGAAAGUACUUUAGACUUAUUGAAUCCCAAUACAAAUCAAAUAUGGCGUAUUCCUAUGCCACUUUCUAUCAUCGGUGGCAUCACAGAAUCGCCUUUACCUACUUAUACUCAGUUCCAAGUAGAGCGAUUUGCUGCCACCAUGUGUGAAUUACCAAAUGGUAACCUUGUUACCCUGGAUAAUGCAGGCACUAUUCGUAUAUGGCAAGUGAGCUCCAACGAGAUUUACAAGGCAGCCCAAACUUGGAAGCAAAUGGUCGGCGUGGACCAAAAGGUGUUAUCCGUUAUUUACGAAACUGUAGAUCAACAUCAACAAGAACAAGAUGGGCAGGCUAGAGAAAUAGGAGAAGGGGCCAAUAGCGAUGCACAAUGCCGAAAUGAUGGAAAUGGCCAAGGAUCAGGUGGUUCUUCAGGUGUCGGAGAAGGAGGAGGGGCAGGCUCUGGCGCAGGUGGAUCUGGAGGUGGUGGUGUCAAUGGCUCUGGAAACAAUAUGAAUGAAGAUGGUCGUCAGGAAGCUACGUUUGAAGACAUUGACAAUCUUAAAUUGAAAACGGAUGCCGAUGCGCCCGCUGAAAUUAGCCAAGCCCAAAAGGAAAUGCAUGCUCAAGCUAUGGAGAAGAAACUGAACAAGAUCGAUAUGACUCAAGCUGAUUUCCAGCAAUACAGCCAGUAUAUGGAAAACAUUCGUCGUGAAGUACGUGAAUUGCGAGUGAUUCUUGAGAGUGUAGAAGCCAAGAAACAUGAGCGAGUCUGGCUUAAGAAUCAAUCUUCUGGUGAUUUAGAUGAUACUAAAAUUGUCGAGGGUCUUACAGGAGAGAAAUCUAUCUAUAAAAAGAGAGGAGAAGACGAUCCUGAAUUUGGCCUCUUUCAAGAUAAGCCUAAGCGCAUGAACUUCGUGUUUGACUUGUCUGCAAGUAUGUUUCGAUUUAACACACAUGAUCGCCGUUUGGAACGUUCAAUGGAAGUUGCCCUGAUGCUCAUGGAAGCAUUUCGUGGAUUUGAGCAUAAGUUUGAAUACAAAAUUGUUGGUCACAGUGGUGAUGGAGCUAAUAUUGAGUUUGUUGCACCUGGAAAAUACCCCAAAACAGAAAAAGAAGAGUUUGAAAUUAUCAGUAAAAUGAAAGCCCAUUCCCAAUUCUGUCUAAGUGGUGAUAAUACAUUGGGUGCUGCCUCUUAUUCUAUGAAAGAAAUUGUACAAGAAGAAGCAGAUGACUACUUUGUAGUUGUUUUGUCUGAUGCUAAUAUUGCUCAGUACAAUAUUCAUCCCAAUGACAUUGCCAGAAUUUUGAAAUCAGAUGAUCGGGUGACAGCACAAAUGAUUUUCAUUGGUAGCAUUCAAAAUCAAGCAGAGCAGUUAAAGAAAGCCUUAGGUAGUCAUGCACAUAUCUGUGUUGAGAACAAGGAAUUACCCAAGAUCAUUAAGUCCUUGUUCCUUUCUUCUAUGGUAAAGGGUUAA